AUGGAAUUCUGGUAUGAGAAGUUGAAGACUUGCAUGAGUUGGAUGGUGAACUUGCUGCUUACUGCUCUUAUUGUUCUUGACGUCUUGGAUGAAGUUCAGGAACAUGUGACUGCGGAGACGCGAGAACAGAUCUCUGCAAUUCAGGCCAAGGGAGCAAAGAUGGCUUUCAUGGUCUUGCCUGAUGCGGUGCAGAGGACUUACACAGAGGUGGCCAUCACCGAGCUCGCAGCCUUCGUACACUGGCGGAAAUCGCAGGUGGCCCUCCAGGAGAAAGGCGAGAUCCCUCCAGCCACGGAGUUCGAGGGUGGCUGGGAUUUGCUGAACAUCGAGGAGAAGAGCGAAUGGCUGCCAGAGAAUCCCCAAGCCUUCCUGGCGGCAGAUGCGCAGUGGGUGGCGUUGCUCGCUGAGCAUCCGCUGCGAGAGCCAGGCGAGGACCCGUACCAAUCAAAGGAGAAGCCAGCAAGAGUGCUCCCGUGA